AUGGCGGCCCUGUUUAUCCUGUCCCGAAACAUCCCCUUUACACCUGAUGUGUAUGUUGGGAGACGCGUGGAGACGCCAGCAGCUCCUCACAUCCGUGAACCAUCUCUGGACUUUGAGGUGACGCGCAGGCUGCUGGAGACCAACUUGCGGGAUACCUGGUUCUUCUUCUCCAACCGGCUGAGGGAAAUAAAAUCGUCGAGCAAAGGAACCAAGAUUGAAGGAGACUUGAAUUACCUCAUUAAAGAAGGUGCUGAACGCAUAAGAACCCUCCUGACUGUGCCACAGCUGAGAAACUCGUGUGUUCUUCCCUACAUCUUCAGGGUGCUUCAGUAUGAUCUACGGCGCCUCGGUCAGCUAGACGGGGCGGACAUCUGGAGGGAGAGAGGGAUAAGGGAGCUGAGUGAUAUGGUCCAGCGUCGUCUACACCGUCUCCAGAACCCUCCUGACUGUGCCACAGCUAAGAAACUUAUCUGCUCCAUUGUUUCUCAGAUGUGUGGCCUGGGAUGCGAAAUACACCACCUCAUUUGCUGCUUCAUGGCCGCCUACGGGAGCCAUCGUACCAUAAUCAUCAACUCCCCCGGCUGGCAUUACACGCAGAAGGGGUGGGAGGAUGUCUUCCAGCCUCUCAGUCAAACUUGCACCACCUUCUCCAAGGAGGAGAUCACACAAUGGCCCGGAAAACCUGACUCCCAGACAGUGCUGUUUAUAGGCGUCGAAGCGCAACCCAAGCCGGACCACGGCCCUCUGGCCAUCCCAAAGGACAUUUCCGACCGGCUGAUUCGUCUGCACGAUGACCCGAGCGCCUGGUGGGUGGGACAGUUCAUCAAAUAUGUGUUCAAACUUCAACCUUCAGUGCAAGAGGUUAUCAACAAAGCAGAGAAAUCUUUUAAUUUCCAGCAUCCUGUUGUGGGUGUUCACGUGAGGAGAACUGAUAAGAAACAGGAAGCAAGUUACCAUCAACUGGAGGAAUACAUGGAGCAGGUAGAGGAAUAUUACGACGGCCUCCAGAUCUUUGACACAAACCUCACCCGAAGGAUCUAUCUCUCUUCGGAGGAGCCUGCCAUCUUCAAGGAGGCGCAGGAAAAGUACCCACACUACGAGGUCCUCUACCACAGGAAGAGUCUGGAUGUGGUCAAUAAUGUCAACCGGUUUACUCUUGCUUCGCUCAAAGACUUCAUAGUGGACCUUCACUUCUUGUCUCGCUCUGACUAUAUUGUGGUCAGCUUCUCGUCCAAUGUGGGGAGGCUGGUAUACGGUCUGAUGCAGUCACUGAGUCCGGACGCCUCUACCAGGAGCUUCUCAGUGGACUCUCCUUACUUCUUCUACAACCAGCGCUCUGGUUACGUCAGGACUCGCUUCCUCCACCAUUCUGACAGGUUGGCAUAUCUAUAGGUUCCUGUAUAGUGUAUGAAAUAUAUAUUGGAGCGUCGGUCUCGCUUCAUGCAGGUCGGCGUUC